GCUUCCCUUGGGCUCUGCACAUCUCUUCAUCUCCCUUUUUUGCAUUGCAACCUCUGGGCUUGAUCAUUUUCUCUGCUCCUCGUUCAACUCUGUCACAGUGAUGUCUGUCAAAACCAGCAAAGUGAGCCGCAGAGGCUACAGCUCAACUUCUGUUAUCGGCGGUGGUGGAGGAGGAGGAGGAAGUAGAAUUGGCUAUUCUUCAUCAUGCCAGGGAUAUGGUGGAGGCAUAAGAGGCCAAUAUGGCAGCAGGAGCCUCCAUAACUAUGGCAGUAGAGGAACAAGAAUUUCCUAUGGACGAGGCUAUGGCUAUGGCGGUGGAAUGGGUGGCGGCUAUGGUGGUGGGAUCUGUGGUGGAGGAAUGGGCGGUGGGAUCUGUGGUGGAGGAAUAGGCGGUGGUUAUGGUGGCGGAGGAAUGGGCGGCGGCUAUGGUGGCGGAGGAAUGGGCGGUGGUUAUGGUGGUGGAGGAAUGGGCGGUGGUUAUGGUGGUGGAGGAAUGGGCGGUGGUUAUGGUGGCGGAGGAAUGGGCGGUGGUCCUUUCGGUGGUGGUUAUGGUGGCGGAGGAAUGGGCGGUGGUCCUUUCGGUGGGGGAAUGGGCCCUGGUGCUAGUGGUGGAGGAAUUGGCAGUGUCCAAAUAGACCCAAGCCUUCUGAGACCAGUUCGUAUAGAUAUUGACCCCCAGAUCCAGCAAGUGAAAAAUCAGGAGAAAGAGCAAAUCAAGAGUCUCAACAAUCAAUUUGCUAGCUUCAUUGACAAGGUCCGGUUCCUAGAGCAACAAAACAAGGUUCUGCAAACCAAAUGGCAGAUCUUACAGCAGCAAACCCAGGGCCGAGGCCCACAGCAGAACCUGGAUAGUGAGUUCCAGCAAUUCAUCAACGGCCUGAGAAGCCAAAUUGAACGAAUCCGUAUGCAGAAGUCACAGCUGGCAUCAGAACUUCAGAACAUGCAGCACCUUGUAGAAGACUACAAGAACAAGUAUGAAGAAGAGAUCAGCAGGCGCACAUCUGCUGAGAAUGAAUUUGUGGUGCUGAAAAAGGAUGUGGAUUGUGCCUACAUGACCAAGACUGACUUGGAAGCCAAAGUGCGUGCUCUAGCUGAGCAGAUCGAAUUCCUUAGGCGUAUCUUCCAACAGGAACUGUCUCAGGUCCAGAUGGGUGGUCAUGACACCUCUGUGGUGGUGAGUAUGGAUAACAGCAGCCACUUCAACUUGGAAGGCAUCAUUGAUGAAGUACGAAAUCAAUAUGAAGAGAUUGCCCGGAGCAGCAGAGCUGAGGCUGAAAGUUGGUACCAUAGCCAGUAUGAAGCUCUGCAAAACACAGCUGGAAGACAUGGGGACAGCCUGACUAACACCAGACAUGAGAUUCAAGAGCUGACUAGGAACAUUCAGAGACUGCGUGGGGAGAUUGACCGUGUCAAGAAGCAGUGUGCUCAGCUGCAGUCAGCCAUUGCUGAAGCUGAGGAGCGUGGCGAGUUGGCCCUCCGGGAUGCUAGGCAGAAACUGGAAGAAUUGGAAUGUGCCCUGACAAAGGACAAGGAAGAGUUGGCUCGCCUAUUGAAAGAGUACCAAGACCUGCUGAACAUCAAGCUUGCUCUGGACAUUGAGAUUGCCAUGUACAGGAAACUGCUGGAAGGAGAAGAGAGCAGGCUGUGUGGCCAAGGAUCCCAAGUCCAUGUCUCUGUGAGGAGUUCCCAAUAUGGCGGCGGCAUGGGAGGAAUUGGCGGCGGCGGCAUGGGCGGAAUUGGCGGCGGCGGCAUGAGCGGCGGCAUGGGCGGCAUGGGCGGCGGCAUGAGCGGCGGCGGCAUUAGCGUUGGUAGCAUGGGCGGCGGCAUUAGCGGCGGCAGCAUCAUAGGGGGAGGAAUGGGCGGUGGAAGUUGUGGCUAUGGCGGUGGAAGCGGAGGUUAUGGCGGUGGAAGCGGGGGCUAUGGAGGUGGAAUCAUAGGAGGAGGAGGUUCUGGAGGCUCCUGCAUAGGCGGUGGUGGAUACUCUCAAGGUUCCGGUUCCGGCUCCAGCACGAUCAUUAGGAGAACCACCACAAGCAGCUCAUCCAUCAAAGGCGGAAGGCAUUAAAUGUCCCAGCUGGUUCCUAAAAGGAAAGAAACAUCUUCUAGCUUCUUGUGGCAUCAGCGCAACACCUUCAACCCCACCCUGGUAAUACAGAAAAGAACAAACUGUGUCCUUUAAAACACAAAUGUUGUAUCUAUUUUGCUCCCCAAGAAAGCACCAUUAACCUUACCAUCUUCCAUCUUGCUUCUGUCACCUGUUGCUUAGUUGUACAAUGGUGGAAGAUAGCUGGUAGAGAAUGCCAAUGAAAUAUGCUGAUGGUGUUGCAUUUUAGGAUAUCAGUUAGCAGAGAGGAGCUGGAAGGGGGAAGGGGAGGAGUGUGUUUCUUUCAGAGUAUGCUGUACAUUUUUUGGCUUUUUAUGGUGGCUGCCAGUUCAUGGCAUUCUGUAUUGAAGUGGCCUUUCCUCCUCUUUCUUGAGGCUUCUUCCAGUUGGUUGUUCUCUCCAGGUGUUGUUGUAGUUCCUUGCUUCCCAAAAGACAUAAUUUGUCCCCACUGUAUUUGACUAUGUGCUGAUGUUGGACCAGCCAACAUUGAUAAUGCUAAGUCACGGUUGCUCUUAUCUGCCUAGAAAGAGAAAAGAAAAUAGAGCAUUUCCUCCCUUGAAUCAAAGUCAUGAUUUAAUCAAGGAUCAGGCGGCCUGAUUGUGGCUCCAGAGCAACAAGGUCCUGUACAACACUGAGUAAACAAUCAUUUACUAUAAUGGUGUCAUUGGAAAAGCUAUCUCAUUAUCAAAAGUACAUUCUUGUGUCAGUUUUGUGAAUUACAUUGCACCUGUCUUUAUUUCCCAUGGUUUGCUUCCCAUGUUGCUGGGAGGUGGCCAUUUUCAAUAAACUGCAGUCAAGUCA